AUGCAAAAUAUGAAAGAUAUGUUUCAAAAAAAGCGACAUGUCAAAUUAAAAGAAGAAUUACCCUUCCCAAUUGUAUUAUGUGAUAAGAAUGAGUGGACAACUUAUACUGCUCAUCUUACAGAUUUAGGAUCUUGUAUAAUUGAUCAAAAUGAAAUUAUUGCAAUACAUUCUAUGGGCUUCUUUGGGAAAAGUUCGUUAUCACGUGGUUUUCCUUCAUUUAGUAAAGCACGAUAUGGAGCACCCCCAGUUGUUAAGAACAGACAGUGGAUUAGAAGACAAGAAUGGUUAAAACAAUUUAAUGAACUUAGUAUGGAACCUAAUAGCAAACAUACAAAUUUAGAAGAAAAUAAACAUAAACUUUCUCAUUCUGUAAAACUUGAUGAAAAUGAUGUCAAAUUUUUAAGUGGCUCAAGAAAAGAAAGCGCACCAGAUAUAAUAGAAAUAGAAGAAACAAAUUCUGUUUCUUUAGAAAAGAAAUAUAAAAAGAAUCAAGAAACUGAUGAAGAAGUAAAAAUAGAUUAUGGAAGUUUGGAUACCAAAAAAGGGGAUAUGUUGGUUAUUGUGGACAAAAACAUUAAUAAACAAUGUAAUAAUGCUGACAAUAAUGAAAAACAAUGUACUGGAAAUGAAGGGAAAGAACUUUAUUGUUUUACAGAUUUUAGUUUUAAGAGAGAGAAUGUAUGUUUUGUUAGUGGUAGUACAGAAGUUCAAAGUGAAUUACUUAUCUUGCCAGAUAGUGAUUCAGAAACUGAAAAUUAUUUAAAAGAUAUUAAACCAAAAAUUGAAUAUGAAAGUUUUCCAGCUCAAGAAACUCUUUAUCUUACAUUUGAAGAAACAUUUUUUCUUUUGUAUGGUAUAGGUUGUUUAAAUUUAAUAGAUUUUGAUGGUAAUUUAUUAGAUGUUGAUCAUGCUUGGCAUUCGUUUUGCAAAAUUGAUCAAAAUUUUAUACCCAAAUAUGUUACAUACCAUUAUUUUCGGAGUAAAGGAUGGGUAGUAAAACCUGGACUUAAAUAUGGUGGAGAUUUUUUAUUAUAUAAGCAAGGACCACCGUUUUAUCAUGCAUCCUACAUUGUAAUAAUAGAUACUUUGGAUGGUGAUUCGUUAAUUAGAAAUCAAAAUAAAUGUAUGCACAAAUUAACAUGGAAUAAUUUGUUAGGAUUAGAAAGGUUAUCAGAAACUGCUGCUAAGGAAAUAUUAUUUGCACAAGUCUUGUGGCCAUCUUCAGCAUUGCAGACAUCCAAUUUAUUGAAUGUGGAUAUUCUAUCUGAAUUUUCUGUAAAAGAAUUAUUGUGGAGAAGAUGGAACCCUAAAUAUAAUAGAGAUGUAGAAGAAGACAAUGAUGAUUCAUGUUAA